AUGAGGUGGCCUGUUACAAGACUUGUCGUUGUCUCUUGUCUCACUUGGCUGUGCUACGCGGCAGAACUCGAAACGCGACAGAGCUCCAAGGGAUCAGCACAAUUACCAGCCAACGAUGACUUCAUUCGACGGUCGCUACUGUCCGUUGCUGUACUUAGGGACUAUGUUUAUAUCGACGGCGGAGAGGUUAGUUCCGACCUCGACGAGUCACGUUCAACAGCCGUCAGCCUUACCCUUUCGCUUCCGCUCGAUGAAUCAUGGACAAACGAUACAGUCGCAUUCACAGAAAGCGAGAAAGGACCAUCGCCAUAUCUGAAACAACCGGCUCUUUGGGCUGAUGAGGAACGAUCAACGAUCUACUCAUGGGGCGGCCAAGGAUCUUACAAGAAUACCUCAUCAGCUGGAGACCACCAUUUAUAUGCCUUUGAGGCUGAUGAUGGCAAGGGAAGUUGGUCAACUCAUGACCCUGAGGACGACACAUUGUUCAGCUCUUUGUAUCGAACGGUGAGAGGAGCCUACACCAGUUGUCACGGCGUUGGAUACCAUCUCGGUGGCUAUGGCGAGAGAAGGACUGAUGAGAGGUUCACCGACGGCAGUUAUAUUGAACGACCACUUGACGGGCUGCUGACCUACAAUAUGACGACCCAAAAAUGGACAAACGAGUCCACAAAAGCACUGGACUAUGCCACUUGGUCGGGUAGGGCAACAUGUAUACCUUCCAUCGGUUCCUCAGGAUUGUUGGUCUUCAUGGGUGGCGCAAAGGUGAAGAUGCCCGCCUUCAGAAACGCGUCAGAGCCAGUUUCCUUCACCAAUAUUACGAUAUUCGAUCCUAGCUCCAAAGAGUGGUACUACCAACAAACUUCGGGCGUCUCUCCAGAUCCUAGAGUUGACUUUUGUUCUGUCGGAGUACAGGGGCCGAACAAUACAUAUGAUAUAUACAUCUACGGAGGCUGGAACACGUGGAACGACAAGACAAAGGCCUACGGCGAUGUGUGGGUCUUAUCGCUUCCCGCCUUCAAGUGGUUCAAGGCGGACGUCGAAGGACCAAAACGUGGCAUGCAUGGAUGUGCUCUUGUUGGAAAGCGUCAGAUGCUAAGUAUAGGUGGCAAUAACUGGGGCAAAGACGAAGGUUGGAAGGACAAGGAUCCUUGGACCCAGGGAAUCGGCAUUCUCGACUUGCCGAGAUUGACUUGGUCUAGUGAGUAUGAUGCAGAAGCUGAGGAUUAUGAAUCGCCCAAGGUUGUGAAAGACUGGUACCAGAGCGGGGAUCAGUUUGAGUGGGACAACAGGGACGUAGAAAAGCUGUUCGCUUCGAUGUCAUCGACAGUACCAACGUCAACAGACGACCCCAAAUCCGGUUCUUCCCCUAGUAACUCAUCUCCAACACCAGUUGGGGCUAUAGUAGGUGGUGUAGUCGGUGGAGUUGCUGCUAUAGUGGCUGUUGUCGGUGUUUGGCUAUGGGUACGUCGUCGGAAGAGAAAUACCAACAAACAUCUCUCUCAAAAUAGCGGCGAAGGAACUACGGAACAGUGGGGCAAAGCUGAGCUUUCAGCCGAGAGUUCGAAGCAGAACGGGCUGCAAGAGUUGGAAAACUACCAGGCUCCUACCGAGCUGCCAGCAGUUACGCCACCUGCUUCGGAGAAUACACGGACGGAGAGGCAUGAGUUGGAAGGUUAG